GGCUAAGGGGCCCUGUCUCCCCUCGACGCAUCCACUCUCCAGUCGGCCGCCUCCCGCCGCCGCUUCCUCCGUGUCGCCCAGCCUCGCCCGCGCGCGCAGCCACCAUGAGCCAGGCCUACUCGUCCAGCCAGCGCGUGUCCUCCUACCGCCGCACCUUCGGCGGGGCGGGGGGCUUCCCGCUCGUCUCCCCGCUCGGCUCACCGGUGUUCCCGCGCGCGGGCUUCGGCACCAAGGGCUCCUCGAGCUCUAUGACGUCCCGCGUGUACCAGGUGUCGCGCACGUCGGGCGGGGCAGGGGGUCUGGGGGCGCUGCGGGCCAGCCGGCUGGGGUCGGCCCGCGCGCCCUCCUCCUACGGCGCGGGCGAGCUGCUGGACUUCUCGCUGGCCGACGCCGUGAACCAGGAGUUCCUGACCACGCGCACCAACGAGAAGGUGGAGCUGCAGGAGCUCAAUGACCGCUUCGCCAACUACAUCGAGAAAGUGCGCUUCCUGGAGCAGCAGAACGCGGCGCUCGCCGCGGAGGUGAACCGGCUCAAGGGGCGCGAGCCCACCCGGGUCGCCGAGAUCUACGAGGAGGAGCUGCGCGAGCUGCGGCGCCAGGUGGAGGUGCUCACCAACCAGCGCGCCCGCGUGGACGUCGAGCGUGACAACCUGUUGGACGACCUGCAGCGGCUCAAGGCCAAACUGCAAGAAGAGAUUCAGCUGAGAGAAGAAGCGGAGAACAAUUUGGCUGCCUUCAGAGCGGAUGUGGAUGCGGCUACUCUCGCUCGGAUUGACCUAGAGCGCAGGAUUGAGUCUCUCAACGAGGAAAUCGUGUUCCUUAAGAAAGUGCAUGAAGAGGAGAUCCGAGAGCUACAGGCCCAGCUUCAGGAACAGCAGGUCCAGGUGGAGAUGGACAUGUCCAAGCCGGACCUCACCGCCGCGCUCAGGGACAUCCGGGCUCAGUAUGAGACCAUCGCGGCCAAGAAUAUCUCAGAAGCUGAGGAAUGGUACAAGUCAAAGGUGUCCGACCUGACCCAGGCAGCCAACAAGAACAACGAUGCACUGCGCCAGGCCAAGCAGGAGAUGAUGGAGUAUCGACACCAGAUCCAGUCCUACACCUGCGAGAUCGACGCCCUCAAGGGCACCAACGAUUCGCUGAUGAGGCAGAUGCGAGAGAUGGAAGACCGCUUUGCCAGCGAGGCCAGCGGCUACCAGGACAACAUCGCGCGUCUGGAGGAAGAGAUCCGGCACCUCAAGGAUGAGAUGGCCCGUCACCUGCGAGAGUACCAGGACCUGCUCAAUGUCAAGAUGGCCCUAGAUGUGGAGAUUGCCACCUACCGGAAGCUGCUGGAGGGAGAGGAAAGCCGGAUCAACCUCCCCAUCCAGACCUUCUCUGCUCUCAACUUCCGAGAAACAAGCCCGGAGCAAAGGGGUUCUGAGGUCCACACCAAGAAGACGGUGAUGAUCAAGACCAUCGAGACCCGGGAUGGGGAGGUUGUCAGCGAGGCCACACAGCAGCAACACGAGGUGCUUUAAAGCCAGAGACCCCUCUGCCACCAGAGACCGUCCUCGCCCCUGUCCUCACUGCCUCCUAAAGCCAGCCUCCUUCUAUCCCAGAGCACCACACCCAGCCACAAUGCUCCCCUCACAGCCUCUGACAUUUGCUCACCCACCACCACGCAUGGCCCCCGCAGGGGACAUGGCCCACCCCUGCCCAGGCACAGGCAGCCCCAGCCGUGUGAGUCCUGGAUGUUGGAAAUGAGUGAGCCUGGCUCCUAGCUGCCCUCCGCGUGUGCUGGGCAGGACCAGCGUGGAACCAGAGCAGACCAGUCCCCUCCCACUUCUGGGACGUCAGGCCCUAGCCUCUACCUUUUGAGAGGGCCCCAGAGCAGGGUGUUGGGACCCCAUAGGACCAGGAUGGAGCCCGGAGACCUCCCCACUCCCUACUCCCUAGCCUGGGUCAGAGAGGGCAGCCUCCCCAGCAAGCCUGGCAGGUGACUGGAGGACUAGCCCCUGUGGGAAUGGGGGCUUGACACGGACCCCGUUGCCCCUUUCCGAGGGUGGGCUUAGAAAGCAGGGGCUGCAAGAGGGAACCCCCGAAGGUGCCAUUUGUGGGAGGAGGAGAUUCAGAAGGAGAGAGGGUGGGUGAGAUGCUGGAGAGGAGAAGUGAGGAGAGAGGCAGAGAGCAGUCUCAGGCAGGGGAAGGGGUGCCCCCUCUGUGCCCACCCCUUCCCUGCAGCAGGGGCUCUGGACAGAAACAAUAAAAAGAGAAGUACUAGCCUA